ACGUCGAAAUAUUACGAGCGCCUACGACUGUAGCUCUGUAUCGUGACGUCAUAUAAUUAGAGUAAAUACAAAGUAGAUGGUGGUGUCAGCGUGUUGUUUGUAGUGUGCUCUGUGAUUAAUUGUGAAUAAAAAAUGGAUAAUAACGAUGUACAGUUAGUCGGAGGGCCUUGCGGGCAACACGGCCCUUACACGUUCUACAAGGCGUUCAAAUACACGAAAAACGGCGUUAAGCGAAUAGUGACUUUGAGUGAGUUUUUCUUCGUGAAGAUGUGGCGAGACUCGGACUUGUUGUGCAUCGGCGAGUUGCAAUUGUUAUGGAUUGACAAAAAUAGUGAGCAAGUGUUGGCCAGCUUGCGGCUUUACUUCUUACCCGAAAAUACUCCCGAAGGACGGGUGGACCACGGGGAGGAUGAGGUGUUGGCCAUCUCAGAAAAAGUAGUGAUACGGGUGGAGGACCUCAUAACCUGGAUAAUAGCCGAGGCGGAAUGGACCUGGGGCAGACUGGCCAAGUGCGAGGAGGAGCUGAAGGACGUGGAGGUGGACACUACCAAGUGCGCUCCUCCCCGGAAGCCCACCGGCACCAGCUUCACCCUCUCGGAGAGCACCCUGGACUUCUCCGACGUGGAGAACGAGAGGAAAACGUUAGAUUCCCACGAAGUGACUUCGGGCCCCCAUGUGAUAAUCCUGAGUUUUCCGAAAUACUGCCGCUACAGGUCCAUGAUGAAACGGCUGGAGGGCGUGGAGAACCUAUAUCUGAAAUACAAAAUAGUGAACGCACUGGGCGGCUUCUACGUCACCCACCCCAACACCAGGGUGCUCUUCUGCAAGGACACCUUCGACUACCCCGAGCUGGAGGGCCACGAGCUCCUCUGCAACCACCUCGCCCCGAAACUGAAGGGCAGACCCAGGGGAAAGCGGAAAAAACGGAGCGUCUCGCCUGGGUCCGAGAGCAAUGAGUCCGAAUCGUCCAUUACAAAUAGUUACAAUACAAGGGCAGAAAAUAAGAAUGGCCUCCGUUGCGACGGCAACAUUACUCCACGUCGCAGCACUAGGUGCCAUGAAAAUAACGAGAACAAAGAAUUCGUUAGGAAGCUCACCGCAUUUAUGAAGUCUAACCACACACCGAUAGGCCGAAUUCCGUCCUUAGGCUACAAAGAACUAAACCUUCACGAAUUCUUCACAAAAGUACAAAAGCUGGGAGGUUACGACGCCGUAACCACCAAUCGUUUGUGGAAAUCCAUAUUCGACGAUAUGAGCGGACAUCAAAAUAGUACAAGCGCUGCUACUGUCAUAAGACGCCAUUACGAGAGGUUUUUGUUGUCAUACGAACGUCACAUUAAAGGCGAAGAGUACAAACCGCUACCCGUGUCCGAAAGGAGAAGACUGAAAAGCAAACGCGGCAGCAGCAGCCUAAGUGACGCGGAAUCUAGCAGCGGUGAUGCCACCCCCACGCCCUCUACGUCCAGAAAGACAUCGGAAAGUAAGGACUCCCGGACUGAGGGGAAACCGUCGUCGCUCAGGAGCGUUCGCGUCAAGCCCGAGAGGCAGAAAGAGAAACAAGGUAGUGAGAAAGCCGGCAGUGUUCAAAACAAUAACAAUAACAGUAUGGAUGAGGAGACUAGCGUCAAAAUGGAGUGCGAGGAUGCCACGUCAGAAGUGAAGCCUAAAGUCGAGAAACUGAUAAUCAAAACUGAAAGUAUGACUGUAAAAACUGAAUACACACCCAUAAAAAUAGAGACCGCAACGGAGAAAGUGGAAAGUGUUUCUGAAAAAGUCGAGUAUAUCGCCUGUAAGACGGAAAUCGUUUCCAUCGAGAUGAAAGCUGAGAUAACCCCAGUUUUAAGCGAGAAAGCGGUGAAAGCCGAAAGCACGCUCGUGCAAACAGAUUAUUCCGCUACGAAAGCCGAAAUUGUGCCGCUCAAAUUCGAACCAAUCAAACCAGAGAGCAACGAAAUCAAAAUGGAACCGGUCACCGUCAAGUCCGAAAGCACGAAGGUUCCGGAGAAAGACGCGGAACCGGUCACGUCGGCCGCCACUCCCGCCGCACAAAAAAUCUCUCCCGACAAAAUAAUGUCUCCCGUGGAGGGCAAAGAAAACAUACCCAUCCUCAAAAUGGCGGACACCGCCUCGAAAAAUAGCCCCGAAGUCGUAGAAGUACCGGCUAAAGCGAAACCACCGGAAGUUGUAGGCGCCGAAUCUGAAGCUUACAAAGGCGCCAAUAACACGUUUAUUGAAGUGAAGAAGAGAAAACUAGACAUACUAAAAGAAGGAGGAUUAGAAGUGACGCCCGUAAGACCCACGAUUAGUAAUCCCAUUAAAGACAGCCGACCAUCGGUCAUACAAACAGUAACCCCACCGGCGCAAAUAAUUUCCAAACCGCUGAAACCUGAGAUGAUGCCACCGCCUUCCAUAACCAGUGUUCCCCCAAAACGCGUUCACGUGCCCGUUGCACAGGCCCUGAACAUCAGCCAAGUGAAGGCGCCUCCAUCGACUCCAAGCAAACCACCCAAGUCGACACCUUCCACGAAUUCGUUUACAUUCGUCAACGGCUCCACGCCUCCCAAAGUAGUGCAAUCGAAAUCUAUUUAUUGCUAUUCAGAGAAAACAGUCUACGGCAACCCAAAAGACAUCCUCUCACCAACCAUAAAGAACGUGGUGCACGCUCCCAAGUUCAUCAGCAGCAUCCCGAGGCAGAACGGAGGCGAUCCGGUGGACUUAUCCGUGAACAGUCCGCAGAAACCGGUGGUGGAGAUCAUGCGAAUCCCUCAGGCACCAUCGUCGAGCUCGCACACUCCCUACAACCGAGACGCCGUCACGAAGAACCUCUACAAAACUACCUCGCCGAUAAUGGACGGCAGAAGACUGGGUCCAAAUCUAGAGAUAACGUUAGUAGGUCCGAACGGCAAGAACAGCGCUCCCAGCUUACAUAAACCUUACAACUAUCCCGCCGCGCAGCUGCACAACCCCCACGCGAGCAACAAUCCGUACCAGCACCACCAAAAAAGACUCUCCUCCGACUACUACAACCCCAGCAAGAUGCCGAAGGGCGACGAGAACGGAAAGUACGGCAAGUCGCUGCCGCCGCUCUACAAUGACAUGAAGGCGGGACUAAACAUACCCAAUCCCUACGGGAGUAAAAAGGCCGACAUGAUGAACAACCACCUGAAGCACAUGUCGCAGAACCAGCACCAAAUGAAGCACUUCCCCAACCCCGGCCUGCCGGCGUUCAGCCCGUACCUAUCGCAAUUGUACGACGGGAACAAGUCGAUACCCCCUUACCUCCCUCUGCUGGACCCCGCGAUGUAUUACUCGGCCGCGAUGCAGAGCCUGUACUCCAGCAACGCGCUGAGCUCGGUGCCGCCGAUACUGCCGAUCCCUACCCCCGAACAGCUCAAGUUCUACACGGAGCUGAUGGCGCACGGGCGACUCAACAUGCCCUUCCAGCUGCCGCCGGACGGCAACCCGCCGACGGUCAACAACAACCUCAAGAAACCAUAGGACAUAUCAAUCGUAACGCGUAAUUCUGGUCUUUUUUCGGAGAGGGCGCAUCUAUAUCGACCAAUGUUGAGACUAUUUGAGCGACAAUAGAACCUGUACAUUUGUUGAAUGUAUAAAUCGAAUAAGUGUAAGCUAAGUAUUAGGUAUUGGUAUCCGAUCCGGUCGGUAGGGGGCGCGAUCGACCAAGGGUUGCGCGAAGUUGCCGUACGUUGAUUUACUUAAUUUUGUUAAGUAAUAAGGGUUCGGUUUAGUAAAUGCUCCUGUACUCGCUGCACCUGAUUUAAAAAUUGGAAUAUUUUCUAUUAUUUUCCUUUGACAUUUUUUGAGUCAAACGAAUUAUUCUGUGUAAGAAAAAUAUUUUGACCAGUGGCGGCUGGUGAACAUUAAAUAUAAUAUUUUGACGAUAAAUCGUGGGACCUGUACCAUUUUUAGGGAACUAUUUCUAGGUGGUGAAUUUUCACGACGAAAAAGUUCCCAAAUAAAUUUGUAAAAUAAAAUAUGAAAUUAGAUCUCGAAAAGGAUUGCACAUAUAUUUGCAAAAUAUUUAUUUCGUAAUCGAUUGAUAGGAUUCGUUAGGAUUUUUCAUAUUUUAUAAAGUUACAGCUUUAUAAAUUUUGAAAACUAAAAUG